AUGGCCAUGAACUAUUUGGAUUUCAAUGAAAUUGAUCAUUCGUUAAAUAUAUCGUCGGCGAAUACACAAACAACAACAACGACGACGACAUCAACAUCGACGUCAACAACAGCAGCGUCUGUAAAUCAACAAGCAAAAGAUUUAUCUGAUUGGAGGAAUAUUCAGCUUGGCACAACGCCAACAAUGUUUGAUCGAUUUUGGAUACCAACCACCGUGAAUCCAUGGCCAACGUCAACUCCACCGAUGUAUCCAUCACUCUAUACGCAACAAGCAUCGUCGACCUAUCCAUGGAUGAAUCUAAAUACGAAUCCAUCAUGGCCGACGACUACACUUCCGAUGAACAACUUCAGCUCUCCACAACCAACUCUAGCAAAUGAGGUCAUUGAUCUAACGACAAAUCAUACAGUGAAUCCAUCAACCACUAUCAGAGACUUUAUUCCGGUUCAACCAAAUGCAUAUACAUAUCCAACUCCUCCUAUGAAUCAGUAUGUUACUCCAAUAGUCCCAACAACAGCGUUUCCAUCGCCGACUUUGCCUGAAAACCCCGUGAAUGAAGCAGACCUUAUUCUCGUACCUGAAGUCGACAUUGAAGAAAUUCUUGGACAAGUUGAAGCUGUCAUACCUGACAUUGAUCUCGAUGCAGCACGUCGAACAAUUACAGCAAUGAACCCUAUUCCUUCAACUAAUGAUAUCGUAACGAGUUUCUUCGAUAAUGGCUACACAAAGAAGCAAAAGAAGUCAUUCGAUCACGAUCGUCAUGUGUCACUGAAACGUUCUUGGUCAGAAACAAUCGAUGAUAUUCCUCGAUUUCUUGCAUCCUAUUCAGAUCCUUUAGCCUACUUUUUCGAUACUCAACGCAAGCAAUCAGAAUCCUAUACAAAUCAUGCAAAAGCGUUUCUUGUCCGUGCGUUUCCAACGACUGAUAAGAGUAUUCUCGAACAAGCUUUACAAGAAGAAAACUAUCAUUUUCUACCAACCGUACGCAAAUUAGAAGCACGGUUGUCCAUACGAACAAACACGUUCUUGCAACGAACAGCCAUCCGAAAGUCGGUCGAUAUGCUUGAUCUUUCGACGAGUGGCGUUGGUCGGAUGCCAUCUGCGUCAUGGUUAAUUAAAAAUAAUAAGUUUGCAUACGCAAUUCCGCAUACGCCGUGUGAAGAAUUUUACGAUGAACUUCGUUUUGCGAAGAACGAAGUGAAAAUUCGACGUUACCUCGGUAAAAUGUCAAAAGAUCAUGAGAAACGUGUGAAGAAAGCGAAAAAAGGCAAUGAAACAUUGGAAUGUGAAAUUUGUUGUCGAGAGGAUCUAUUAAUCGACGAUAUGGUAGAAUGUACAGUUGGACAUCUUUAUUGCCGCAACUGCGUUCGAAGACACGUUGAUGUUUGCUUCAAGCAAGGCAAAUGCCAAUUUCCUUGUGUUGAAAGUUCGUGUCCAGGUGAAUAUGCAAUACAACUUGUUGGUGAACUUCUGCCGCCGAAUGAUUUCAGUCGAUUGAAUAAACGGAUCCAAGAGGAGAAUAUUCGACAAGCUGAAAUCGAUGGUCUUGAAUGUUGUCCCUAUUGUCCAUAUGCUGUUAUUGUUGAUAACCCAGAUGACAAAGUCUUUCGCUGUUUAAAUCCCGAAUGCAUGAAGGAAACCUGCAGAUUAUGCAAAGAACCGAAUCAUAUCCCGUUACGAUGUGAUGAAGUUGAAAAAGGUGUUGAACUCGAAAUGCGUAAAUUUAUUGAAGAGCAUGUAACAGAAGCAAUGAUACGUAAAUGUCCUCGGUGUACACAAAGAUUUUAUAAAGUCGAAGGCUGUAAUAAAAUGACCUGUUCGUCAUGUGGAUUAUUCAUUUGUUAUGUGUGUCGUGAGACAAUCAAUGGUUACGAUCACUUCACUAAUAAUGAAAGAUGUACAUUAUCCAACCAAAGUGAAAAGCUUCACUACGAAGAAAUGGUUCAAGCGUAUGCUAAUGCUAAAAAUGAGUAUCUUCGUCUUCAUCCCGAAGCACACGAUAUGGUACUUCGAUAUGAUCCAAUAUCACAUCUGACAAAACCAGCAACUUCAGCGACAAGUGCUACUUGA